UGAAGACGAAUUGAUAGAGCGCUUCCUUUUUAUUAAAAAACAGUAUCGACUGUUCAUAUGUUUCAAAUUUUCAAUGUAUGUACUUGACUAAUAGUGAAGAUUGUGUGCGAUUAUAUAUAUAAAUAAAGACAAUGAGUGUGAAAUAUGGAUCGAUUCCAACAAACGAUACUGAUUUUUUAAUUGAAAAUGCGAAGGAAGUCGACACUGAAAUUGAUUUAAGCGAUCCAUUCAAACGACGGCGAUGGUGGCGCGUCAACCAGAAUGUUCUAUAUGGAUUGGGACAUGUCUACAACGAUCUCUGCGCGGCGAUGUGGUUCUCAUACAUGAUGCUGUACUUCCAAGCAGUACUGGAAAUGAGAGCUGCUGCGGCUGGAGCUAUGUUAUUGUUAGGACAAGUCGUAGACGCUUUGGCGACACCUAUAGUAGGUGUGUUGGCGGACAAAUACAGUACUAAGAAGUCUUGGCAUUUAUCAGGUUGUCUACUAGUAUCAACAACAUUUCCUCUACUCUUCGUGAGAUGCUGGGGUUGCUGGUUAAGCACUAGCUCAGAGCCGACCUAUCUCAGCUGGUGGAUGCCACUGUACUACGCAAUCUUAAUAAUUUUCUUUCAAAUCGGUUGGGCCAUUGUUCAAAUAUCACAUUUAUCUAUGAUACCGGCAAUAUCGGACAGUCUUCAAGUCCGGUCGGAAUUAACUUCAAUAAGAUAUAUGGCUUCCGUAUUGUCCAGCUUGAUGGUCUACCUUAUUACCUGGGUAGUUUUAAGAGCAACCAACUACAGUACUUUUAUUGGGCCUACAGAUGAUUAUAAGUUCAAGGACGUAGCAAUAAUAAUAUCGGCGAUAGGUAUCACAUCCUACACUUUGUUCCAUAUAUUUUUCAAACUACAGCCAUACAAAGAGCACAAAGCUAACGGCCAUAGCAAUGGAAGCAAUGCGCUUUUAAACGAAGAGAGUGAAUCCAUGACAUUCGCUCGAAGAUCAAAAAUUAUAUAUUUCUUGCGAAUGCCUUUGCUCUAUCAAACCAGUCUACUAUAUGUGUUCUCACGGCUGUACUGGGCGCUGAGUCUGGUAUACGUACCGUUGUUCCUGGAGGAACGCUUGUCGGUCAACCCUAGUCAAGGCUCGGAGCUUGUGGCGAGUGUACCUCUCGUGCUUUACAUAUCUUCUUUCUUCCUUUCACUUGUUCUUAAGAGCAAAAUCAGCAGCUGUGGAAAUCAGGUGGCCUAUCUCAUAGGCAGUUUUCUGAGCAUGAUCAGCAGUCUCUGGAUAGCGCUGGCGAUAGAUCCCCAAGCUAGUAUUGUGCAGAUAUAUUUGGUGGCUACUUUGAUUGGCGCAGGCAGUUCAAUAACGCUGGUGUCCAGUCUUUGCGUCACAGCGGACCUCAUAGGUCCUCACUCUCACCAGGGCGCUGCCAUAUACUCGAUUGUGACCUUCGCGGAUAAACUAGUCACUGGUAUCGCCGUUGUUGCCAUUGAAAAUUACAAAUGCGCAGACGCAGCUGAUUGCCCACAGUACUACAGAGGUGUGUUAACAUACGCGUGUGGAGGCAGUGCUUUUCUAGGCAUAGUUUCCUUAUCGUUUACUAAACUUAUGUCCAAAAAGAAAUCCCUGGUGUGACAAAAUCUGUUUUGUUUUUGCAGAGCACUUUUAUUUCUU